CUGUGGCUGUGGGUUGAACGCAACCCAUCCUGAAGAGUGGGGCCAUACAGAACAUGUCCUGCCGUGUGGAAUCGGAGCAACAGGAACUGCAGGGGGAGCUUCUGCGGCAGCGUGACAAAUUAGAUCGCAGGAGGAAGAUGAGGGUGAAGAGGGAGCGAGGGUGGACUGGCAACUCCUGGGGAGGCAUCAGUCUUGGGCCCCCUGACCCUGGACCCAACGGAGGUUACGGACUACACUGUCACCGCGCGGUCAUCACCAUCUGUAAGCUGAUUGGUGUAGAGGACAUGUACGCCAAGGAAGAGGGCUCCGUCAACCUGCUCAACAUCACCAUGGCUCUGUUCACCAGACUGGCCAAUCAGAGACCCAACAGUUUCUGCCUGGUGAGUUUCAGCCGGAGCGCGGGCCCCUGCCCCUCAUCAUGGCCACCCCUAAGAAUGGAGUGCAUCCUGACCACAAACCCGAGGAAGAGACAGGACAUGAAACGCAUGACAGGGCAUGUGACGUUGUCGAAAAUGAGAGCUGUCUAA